UUAGCGGGUACCGGCUCCCGGAAGGUCACCGUGAGAAGGAGGCCUUGGUUACGCGGGUCUCCCCGCGUUUUCUGGGGAGCAACGGCGGAGCCGACGAACCCGGCCUGAGGCGGCGGUGAGAAGCAGACGGGCAGUUUGCUGUGACACCAUGGAGAGCGGCGGGGGAAGCGGGAACAAAACCACAGGGGGGUUGGCCGGCUUUUUCGGAGCCGGCGGGGCAGGUUACUCGCACGCGGAUUUGGCCGGCGUCCCGCUGACUGGUAUGAACCCUCUGUCUCCGUAUUUAAAUGUGGAUCCACGAUAUCUUGUUCAGGAUACAGAUGAGUUUAUUUUACCGACUGGAGCUAAUAAAACCCGGGGCCGAUUUGAACUGGCCUUCUUUACCAUUGGAGGAUGUUGUAUGACAGGGGCUGCAUUUGGAGCAAUGAACGGUCUACGGCUAGGAUUGAAGGAAACCCAGAACAUGUCCUGGUCCAAACCAAGAAAUGUACAGAUUUUGAACAUGGUGACUAGGCAAGGGGCACUUUGGGCUAAUACUCUAGGUUCUCUGGCUUUGCUCUAUAGUGCAUUUGGUGUCGUCAUUGAGAAAACACGAGGUGCAGAAGAUGACCUUAACACAAUAGCAGCUGGAACCAUGACAGGCAUGUUGUAUAAAUGUACAGAAAAAUUUGCUGGUCCCAGCUCUAAAGUAAUUGUCAGUUCAGUGUGUUAGCUCUGCACUAUCAAGCUCUGUAUCCCACAAACAAGGUACUUUAAUAUUCUGGGCCUCAUUUUCCUGUGUUUAGAAAAGAGAUAAUAUUUGCCCUUUUUGGAAGAGUUGUGUAAGGACUAAAAGGUAGAAGGUAGAACUGAAACACACAUCUCGUGUUUGUUUUCCUUUAUAGAGACUGACCUUUGGUCUUACUUGGUUACUGUGUUCAAAGCAAGAAUAUUUGCUAAUCAAACUUCCUGUGCUUAGUUGGGCAUAAGUUGGUUACAGAAAGCCUAAAGCCAAGGCCUUCAGACUUUUACCACCACCAUUUGGGAAAUGGAAUUAAUGGAAAGUUAAAACUAAAACGUGGCUUGGUAUGUGAUAAGAGGCUACACUUGGAUCAGGAUUAGCUAUGCUUAGUAAAUCAAACGCAGCCUAUGUUUAGUGUCUGUUUGCUGGAAAUAACUUUUUCUAGCCUUCAAAGAAGAAUUUGUUUCAUUUUGGUCAAAGUAGAAAGCUUUCUAGGGGAUAAAUAGUUCUCAAGGGACACUUAAUAUGCCACUGGUGUCCCAAAGAUCUUAGAGUUCCCAGUUUCAUUAUGUUACCCCUAGUGCCCCUGCCCAGGGAGAUUUAUUUGGUAGCUGAGAACUAAAGUGAAAAUCCUUACACAUGAAAAUCCUUACACAUCCUUCCAAAAAGGCUGAGUAGAAGCUUCGUAAGAUCUUGGGAAACUCAAAGCAAAGGGCCAACUGGGAGGAACAGUUUGCAGCUAUUUCCAAACCAGUAGGCAGAGUUCAGAGCCCUGUGAAUCUGUAAUCGACUAAAGGUCUGGGGGUGUUAGUCUGAAGUUGAAUGUUUGGUCCCACGAAAACAUCUGCAAACCUAGUAUGCUUUCAGUUACCUGCCUGCCAUCAUUUUUCUGAUAAACAGCAGUGAGGCCACCUUUCUUUUGUGUUGACUCAGAAUAAUGUAUGUUUGUAAUCUGCUAGAAAGAACGAACCCUCAUUACACUCAGUGUUGUGAGUGCAUUUAUUCUCCUGUGCUUCAUAGUUGUUUUUUUUCCAUUUUAGUAAUUUGGUCUAAUUAUAGUUCACCUUCAGUCCCUAGAACUUUUUGUUGACUUGCUAGUCAAAGACAUGAGGUAGAUCAUUAUUAAAUUGGGCAGAUUGUUUUAAGUUAGCAGGUUAAGUGUACAUUUUUCAACCGCAUUGAAUACAGUUGCCAAGUUAUAACUGCCAUACUCAGUCUAAAUGAUAUAAAGAGAUGAUGUGGCUUCAAGGGGAGAUCUCCCAUUGAAUUUUUGUUUCUGAUGUUCCUCCCACCUAUUUGACAGCUAUUUAUAGAUGAUGCCUGCAGUUUCUGUUUCAGUCUGUUUGAGAGAGAUAAUUAGGGCACUUCAAGGUGGAAACCUACGCAGGUCAGCUAUCAGACAUCUUCAGACCAGAGAGGCUCCUGGAGGGGGUGGCCUUUUAAUCUAUCAGCUGAAGCCAUCUGGCAGGACAUUCAUUGCAGAAAUGGUUAGUCUGAAGUGUUCUAACUUGGCAGUGUCACUGAAUUUCACAGAAUUUACUGGCUCAUAGCCAAAGGGCCUCUAGUAAGGUAAUCACUGGACCACAGCUCCAUUCAACCUUUGCCUUCCUAAAACGACUUGGAAUGAGUACUCCAUGGGUACAGUAUAGGUUACCUGAAGUUUAUGAUAGCUACUUGUUUGUGAAACCGUAAGAGAACAUCAAGUUAUUUCUUAAAAGUUUAUUUGGGUACCCCCUAGUCCUCUUGUUAGACUCAGGGAUGGUUUUCAGGCAUCUGAUUAAAACAUUUUUGUUUUUACCUUUGAAGUGAAAUAUAUAUUGCUAAUUUUUUUCACAUGAAAAACUAUUUUAAGCAAAAAUAGUUCAAAGUCUAAUCCUUCUUUUCAGUGAGUAUGAUGACGCCAAGUGCCUCAUUGCUCAUGAGUUGUAGGUCAUCCGGUAUGUCGAUGUAGGAGUGGCAGAGGUGGGGGCGUGUGGUCUUUUGUCAGCACCUGACUCAAAGCCUGAUAUAGCCAUCUUAUCACCACUACUUCUUGAGUCUUCAAAGUUAAUAGAGGACCUGUCCGGAGUUCAAAGUUUAAUAUUGUUUCCAAAGAGGGUGUCACCUUGUUUAUAUUAGGGCUUUAAAUCAGUUGUCAGUCCCUGUGAGGUUCUAAACAGUAGGACUAGCAGGAAAUUAUUGAUCUGUUUGGGACUUCAAUAAUAUGUGUAAGAUCUUGUCUGGAGUGUUAUAGGAACAAAUGAGAUUGAGAAAAAUGAAUUAAUGCUCCUUAUCUUAGCUAUAAAUUACGAAAUCAAAAGUGAGGGGAAAAGGUUGUGAAUAAUACAUACACUGUAUUCUUAAACAAGGGAUGUAAGGGAAUUUGUCUUGAACCGGUCUUGGUUUCUUACAUUACUUUUAGGACUUUUAUUGUUUGAGGUGGAAUAUUUAUAAACAUGAAUUGUGUGUCUCAACCUCGUAACAUUACUUAAUCCUUUGAUACCAGGACACUAUGCAAUACAAGGCUGGUUUUUUUCCCCC